CGGGAUUGGGCGGCCAAAAUCACUGGACGGCCACAGCAAGAAAACCUUCCAGCAUGAGCUCGUCCAUCUCGUUCCUGCUCCAGAGCUUCAGCCGCGCUGCGCAGCCGCAGCAUAUCUCUGGGCGCGCGGCCCGCGGCCUCUUCGGCGGCAAGGACAAGCGCUUCGGCAACAACGUGUCCUUCUCGCAGCGCAAGACGCGCCGGUCGUGGAAGGUCAACCACCAGUGGAAGCACCUGUACAGCGAGGCGCUCGACGAGAUGAUCGGCCUCAACGUCACGACGCACACGAUGCGCUGCGUGGACAAGGUCGGCGGCCUCGACAACUACCUCAUGGGCAUCACAAACUACGCCGAGCUCGGCGUCAAGGGCGGCGAGGCCCGGUUCCGCAUCGCGCAGGCGCUCAAGGCCGCGCGCACGAAAGCGCCGGCGUCGUAAGUUUACAACCUCCUCCUCAAUUAGAUAGCCUUGGGACCAUACAGUAGUAGCCGACGACGAUUAAUACGACACGCAUGCCUGUCUGACCCUAUCCAGGCGUUGCCCAUGGAGAC